AACCGGCAUCUUCAUCAUCGAUCUUGAUUACACCCGGACGUUCAAGGCGUAAUAUCACGGGAAAAAAUGCAAUUGAUGAUGGGUUCACUGGUGAUCCCAGAAACAAGGGUAAGGCUGUUGUUUACAAUGCAGAUGAAGAUGACGAACAGGGUGAUGAGAAUACACCAUUACUCGGGGAAGAAGCUGAAGCUCCGCCACAAAAACCGAUUGGCCUUACAACUUUCAAUAGGAUCUUUCAAAGGAGAUCACGUGAACCGGUUAUCCUUGGUGUCUUUACACCGACUAAGGUUGAAGGGCCUAUUCGUGUCGAACCCAAGGUUUACUUUGCAAAUGAAAGAACAUUCUUCUCAUGGAUGAGGUUUAGUGUGUUAUUGGGUACACUAUCCUUGGGAUUAUUUAACGCUGCUACGGUGGAAAAUAAGACUGCGAUGCUUUUUGGUGCAGUCUAUGCGUUCAUCAGCGUUGGAGUUUUGAUAUAUUCGCUCUUGCAAUAUAACAAGAGAAAUAAAAUGAUUAAUGGUAGAUACCCUGGCCCAUAUGAUGAUCCAUUUGGUCCCACAUUUGUAUGCAUAUCGAUUUUUGUAGCAGUUGGUUUAAAUUUCUAUCUGAAAUUUGCGCCCAGAAUGAUAGAAGGCGGCGAAACUGUCAACAACAACAACACCGUCAUGUUUACCAUUCAAGAAUAG